AUUGCGGCCAUUUUGUUCAUCCGGCUGUUGUCGGGAGGAAAGGGUCUUGUUGAGUUAGAGGAAGAAAGAGGUCAUAGCUACAUAAUAAUAAUAAUAAAAACAAUUAUAAUACAUAAACACGCGCAAUAGGUUAUUUUGUUAUUCUAUCUGUAAUGGUUAGCGAAUUUUAAUGGCGAUUUAGUAAAAACAUUGAUUUAAUUUCUUGGAAAUUAAAAAACGUCGGAGAAAGAAACAAUAUGGCCAACAACACGGUGGUGGCCGGGAAUCAACAGCAACAAACCGUGAGCAAACCGGCAGCUUCGGGGAAACACGGCAACGUCCUGCCGCUUUGGGGCAACGAAAAGACAAUGAACCUGAACCCCAUGAUUCUGACAAACGUUCUCUCUUCGCCCUAUUUCAAAGUGCAGCUGUACGAGCUGAAAACCUACCACGAGGUCGUGGAUGAAAUUUAUUUCAAGGUGACGCACGUUGAACCCUGGGAAAAAGGAAGCAGAAAAACCGCAGGCCAGACUGGCAUGUGCGGAGGGGUACGAGGGGUCGGAACUGGAGGCAUCGUUUCCACAGCUUUUUGCCUACUGUACAAAUUGUUUACACUUAAAUUAACUCGUAAACAAGUAAUGGGUCUUAUUACACACACAGAUUCUCCAUACAUUCGGGCCCUUGGCUUUAUGUAUAUCAGGUACACACAGCCUCCUCCGGACCUCCUGGACUGGUUUGAUGCUUUCCUUGAUGAUGAGGAGGAGCUUGAUGUAAAGGCUGGUGGAGGCUGUGUUAUGAAUGUUGGAGAAAUGCUACGCUCUUUCCUCACAAAACUUGAGUGGUUUUCAACACUCUUUCCAAGAAUUCCAGUACCAGUUCAGAAGAUGAUUGACCAGCAAAUGAAAAACAGACCAAGAAAAAAUUUGAAAAAGGAUGAUAAAGAGGAAGCAGAAGAGCAGGAAAAACAUGCAGAACGCAGACGAUCAAGAUCUCCAAAAAGAUCUGAUAGUCCUCGAAGAUCUCCAAAACGAUCCAGAAGUCAUAGUCGUCAUAGAGAUGGACAUGGAUCAACCAGCUUUGAUCGGGAACUGGAGAGAGAAAGGGACCGGCAGAGAAAAGAACGUGAGGGAAAAGACAAAGAUAGAGACAGGGUGGACAAGGAACGCCACCGCUCUCGAAGCCCAGAGCGAGCAGUGGAACGCAGACGCAGCCGGAGUAAGGAGAAGCACAGAAGCCUUAGCAAGAGCCGGGACAAAAAGAAUGACCGGAAAGAAAGGGAAAAGGAGAAUGAGAAGAGCAAGAAGAAAGAGCGGGGUUAUGAUAAAGAACGUGGAAGUGAGAGGGACAGAGAGAAAGAAAGAAAACCUAAAGAUGAAAAGGAAGAAAAGAGGCAUAGAGAUGACCGUAAAGUUAAAAGGCAUAGUAGAAGCCAAAGUAGAGAGCGAAAACGCAGAAGCCACAGUAAAAAUGAUGGCAGCAAGCGAAGCAGGAGUAAAAGCAAAGAGAGGUCUAAUAAACACAAAUCUGAAAAGUCAAACAAGCGCAGCAGGAGUGGAAGCAAAGAGAGGUCUAAUAAAUACAAAACUGAAAAAUCAAACAAACGCAGCAGGAGUGGAAGCAAGGGAAGAACAGACGGUGAUGAAAAGUCAAAGAAAAGAAACCGCAGUCAUAGCAAAGAGAGAUCGCACAAGCGCAGCAAAAGCACAGAGCGACCUCAUAGGAAGGAGCACAGUGACGGCAAGGACCAUUCAAGCAAACAUGAACGUAGGAGAAGCCAAAGCACAGAGCGAGCGGAACGGCUUUGAGGAACCAGAGUUGAUUUUGAAGUAAAAUGUUUGUUUUUAUUAUUUUUUCAAAUCUUUGUUAAAUGGAAGUUUAUGCUAAACGUGCAUAAUCAUUCAUAUGUCCCUCUAGUUUGCGUAUUUCAUUUCCUUUUAGUAGGGAAGUGCUUUUGUAAUUUUCACUGUCCAUUGUAGCUAUUGUUUAAUUUUUUUUUUUUUUUUAUUAUUUUAAUGUUCCACAAUUUAUUCUGUACAUAUGUUCUGAGAAUGUUUUAAUUCAUAUGAAGCAACCACCAGAAUGCAUUUGUAUAAGGCAAUACAUUGCCCGAAAUUAUGUGCUCUGUGUUUUGGUUAAUUGCUUUGGUGCAAUUUUUUUCUAAUAAAACAUUUAUUAAAGAGA